AUGGUAUCUUAUACAUACCGUUUAUACCUAGUAGCUCAUAAGAACCACGUCCUGAGAAGGAAGAAAGUUCUCUCUGCUUGUUUUGCUUUGAUUUGCAUCAACAACGGAAUUGUCGGCCCUGUUCUCUCUACAUUCAUGUACGGCAAAGAUGACAACCUGCAUGAACAUCCGAAAAAUAUAAGUGAAGCUGAAAUACAAUUUUAUAUGAACCGAGAAGUCGUCUACUUGCAUAAUAGGCCUAUCACUCGUACUUUCGUGGGUUACAUGUCCUACUCAAUCGUUCUUGUCAUAUCAAUAAUUUUCUAUUCCUCAUAUGCGAUUGUUCGAGAAAUCAAGAAGCAGGAGGCAUCAGCUUCGUGUACAUAUAUCAAACAUCACAGGAGAGUCUUGAAGACGUUACUCAUUCAGACGUGUUCUACCCAUUCUGUACUGUUUUUAGCAUCAAUUGUGGAAGCUAUUCAUAUGUUUAUUAGCAUUAGCGCAUGUUUUGUGGAGUUUACGUAUGUCGUCUUGGGUCUCAAUUUUAUCGUUCACUCAGCCAUCAUGUUAUUGUUCAACCGUUGUUAUAGGAAUACGAUUUUCGGAAAAAUUUUGAAACGUCCACAGAUGAUUGUUCAUCAUACAUGA